UACUAGAUACAUUUUCGUUUUCUUUUUUUUUUGUAGGAAGUACUAUCAGUACCAGUUUAUGCGUUUAGCAUCUCCAUUACCGUGAAAGAUCUGACAGUUUGACCUAGCUACUGUGCAUGCACUCAAAAUCAGCACAGAGGAAAGCAAAACAAGCCCGUAUGCAGACACCCAACGUUCAACGUUGCCUUGUGGGUACUGUGGUUCAACCAUUCUACAUUACUGAAGAUUACAAAUUCAUACGUUUUUUUAAAAAAACUACAUCUUCCACAGCACCUUGAGAAAGUAUUUUGACGGGGUUUUCCAAGAAGACAGCAGUUAGUGUUAGAUCGUCAGGUUAAUUAUUGCCAAAAAGAAAAAAAAAAAAAAAAAAAAAAUGGAUGUGCAGGCUGCAGUUGCCAAAAAAAAAGGUUAUUCAAAAGUUUGGAUUGCACUGAAAAGAACUGAUCUUAACGAUGACAGAAUUACAGUAUUAAGAGAAAUUAUCAUACCUAGAGGAGCAGAUUCAUCUAUUGCUAAGCAGAUUAUUUUCCAUUCUUUUGGAUUGAGCAAUGCUACUGUACUGAAGAUGAGAAACAGCCAUGGUUCAAUGAUUCCUGUUAACAGCAGUUUACCUGUCAACAACAAACACAUGCCUUAUGUGUUGGAAGCUGUGAAGGUCUUUCAGCACAUUGUGCCCAAACCUCGCACUAUUGCAGUGACGGGAAUCAAUCAAAGCAUGAAAAACAGACUGCAGAGCAUCACAAGAAGGAUUGAAAAACUGGAGGAGCUUGUUCCUGAAAUCAAAUUAAGACAUCAAGAAAAGUUAAAUCAGGAAAUGGAGUUACUCAGCCAGAAAGUGAUAUUCCUAAAUCAGAGAAUGCAGAUGGCUGAUUCUCACUGUUGGAGAGGCAUGUUUACACGUCCACCACUUUGGUGAUUUCAAAUGCUGUUAUGGCAAAGAAGAGAUCAUUUGUUUGUGGCCAAGUUGUGUUAAUUGUUAGAAUUCCAAAUGUAGAAGUGUACUACCAGUGUAUUCUUUGAUAAUUAGCAUAGUAAAUCUGUUAAUGAUUAUUGUAUAACGUGUUUUGUAUUUCAGUAAAUAAAGGUGUGUCAAUUUCA